AUGGCAAGAUCCAGGCCAGGACGGGUAGCAUCAGCCACCAGAUCACUGAAUCCAGCUUUAGCUGGCUUUAUUGUGGUGGGUGGAGUGGUGAUCCUGGCAGUGACCAUUGGUCUCCUUGUCUACUUUUUAACAUUUGAUCAAAAACCAUACCUUUACCAAAGCAACCUCCACAUCACAAAUGUAGAAUAUACAAAGCAGCUGGAUUCACCAACUUCACAAGAAUACAGAACUUUAAGUAAAACUAUUGAAAAUGUGGUGAAUAAUACCUUCAUAGCGUCAAAUUUAAGAAGACAAUUCAUCAGAGGUUAUGUUGUAAGAAUUCGGCAGGGUGAUCAAGGAGUGAUAGCAGCUGUUCUCCUGAAAUUUCGGUUCAGGGGUAGAACCACAGGGGCGUCAAUGAAGAGCAGCAUUGAGCAGGUUUUAAGUCGCCUGCAGAGUGCUGGGUCUAUGACAAUUAAUCUUUCGCCUGAAGACCUUAAACGCAAGUAUCAUGUUUUAUACACUCUUCUUCCUGAGGCUGCACAAGAAUUUUUCAUCAAAGGAUGUGGGUCCCGCUCUGAACUGAUGACAUUGUCCUAUGAAAGAAUUGUAGGAGGAACGCAAGCCAGACCUGGAGAUUGGCCAUGGCAAGGAAGCCUUCAGCUCAACAAUGUUCACCACUGUGGAGCUACCCUAAUUAGCAACUCAUGGCUCCUAACCGCUGCUCACUGCUUCCGAAGUGUCCGUGACCCACGCCAAUGGAGUGUUACCUUUGGAUAUUCCCUAAGUUCUCCAGAAAAAAGAGUAACAGUAAUGAGGAUUAUAAUACAUCCUAAUUAUGUAUCAACACGUCAUGAACAUGACAUUGCACUCGUGCAGCUGAGUAGUAAAAUCACCUUUACCAAAAGCAUCCAUAGAAUCUGUCUCCCAGAGGCCAAUCUGAUCAUCCCUGUACAUGCCACGGUUUAUGUGACAGGAUGGGGAGCUACGAGAAUUGGUGGCACUGGUGUGCAGAUUCUUGAGCAAGGUACGGUCCAAGUCAUAAGUAAUGAUGAAUGUAAUUCACCAGAGAAAUAUGAUGGAGAAAUCGCACCUGGCAUGGUAUGUGCUCUAAAACCUGGAGGCGGCACUGAUGCUUGUCAGGGAGACUCUGGCGGACCAUUAGCAAUGGUUGACACAAGGCAGAUCUGGUCGAUUUUGGGAAUAGUGAGCUGGGGAUAUGAAUGUGCCUUGGCAGACAAACCUGGAGUCUAUACUUAUGUGCCCUCCUAUCACAACUGGAUAACUCAACAUACUGGAAAUCUAGUACAAUAA